UGCGCGCUCAAGGGCCGCCCCGGCUUUCCAAUUCGCUUGUUCUCCUUCACGCACAUUUUGCCGUCACCGCGUCCGAACUCGCCCACGGCGACGGCCACGAUCUUCUUGUGUAUUGCUGGUGUCCCACCGGCCCAUUCCUUCAACAACACGCUCACUUUGUUCUCUCUGACUCAGACUGGGACACGCUCGCUUCAUAGCUGCUGCACUUCCCCGCUCCCCGCCAAUGCUGUCAAGUCCCAUGUCCAAUUCGCCUCAGUUGCAGCGACACCCAUCCAGGAAACCAUCGUUCUUAUCAAUCAGACGUGAUAAGAAGUCUACCGCAUCUUUUGAGACCGCCUUGCCUCCGACAUCACGAUUUCGCACCAGUGAAGGGAUGUCACCGUCAUCCUUCCAUGCCUUGGGCGACGCACCCAAUCGACCAAGAUCUAGCCGUGGCAACUCGCAUGAGCAGGAGCACAACCGAAAGUCGUCUAAGAGCGCCAGCUUGUCCAGAGGAUCUUCGCUCGCACAUAGCACCCGAGGCAAGGAGCGACAGGAACAGGGUAAGGAUAGACGGCACGAUCCCAACAAGGAUACAUACGUCUUCCCGACCAUCGCCAACGAGAAGUCGAUGGUAGAAGAGAGCUACGCGAAGCCCCGGCGACGUUCACACACGGGCCCGUCACGGAACGAGGAAUGGGACUACCCUGCUCAUACUCACUCAAAUCGUACGUUGAACGUCUCCCUCGUGGACUCUGCAUCGUCCGUGCUUAGCCAGUACGAUGCACCUCCGACUCCGGUAGAGGAUCUCGUCUUCCGGAGCACAGCGUUCAGCGUCCCUGUCGUAGUUGCUGCGCCCGUUGCCGGAGUGGAAACGAUGGACGCCCUGGUUGAUGGAAUGAACCACCGCUACGGUAUCGAUGAUCAUUUCAUGGGGAUGGGCGGCAUUUCUGGACGCACGAAGAUCUCAAAGUCCGGGCAUCACCCUCUGUAUCACCCCCCGUUGCCCACUCCUCCACCUGGAAUUGUGCUGGGCAAAGCCGGCGCGCAGCAGACAUUUCCUCGCUCCCACGACUCAGACGGGGACGAUGACCCAGCCGAUAUAUCUAUGUCGCGACGUUCUGAACAGCGCAGGACGCGUCGUUCCGGGUCCAUUCGCACAACGACGUCCGCGAACACAGCCACCACCUGUGCAUCUAAGUCACGACCUGGAACCAGCCAUUUGGUCGAUCCUCACGAUGAUGUAUAUGCUGCCUUCAUUACGCCUAGGUCUGUUGCGCCUUCCAUUUCUGAGAUUAUCCGUGCGCAUGCUCCACCUUCUCAGCAAGCUCGCUCGCGGAAGUCUUCGAUUUGCCACAGCGCAUUGCAUGUCGCAGCGCACGAGCAGCCUGAAACGGACGCUGAUACUGUCCCCACCGAGGACGAGACUGACCUGGUGUCCCGGUCCUCGGUUGAUACAAUCGCAGAAGAAGUGCAACGAACGAUACGUAAUCAAAAGAGAUCAUCUGUUCUAGCCGGUCAGUUGCAACCCCAACGCUCGUUUCAUCGAAAUCCAACAGUACUAUCGGACACGCACACGCUGUCCUCGCCGCGCUCAGAUGGGCGUCCCGAGUCUUCAUUGUUCUCAUAUUCAAGCACGUCAGAUCAGCCGUCACUUCAUCAAUCGGAGGUAUCUGGCCUGACAAAACCACCGUCUGAUACCCAAGCGAUAGCCCAGUACUUGCGCUCUGUUCGCUUGACCACGCUCCUUCACCUCACUCGCUCGCCGCAUGCUUCCGGUGACCAUCCCUUCACCGUCAGCUUAUCCGAUCUGGGCCACCCGUAUGGCCAUCCACUAGUAGUCUUUCUCGGUCUCGGGUGUGUCAGGCACAUCAUGGGCCUGUAUGAUGAAAUGGCGGAAUGCUUGGGCAUCAGACUCAUCACCAUUGAUCGAUGGGGUCUUGGGCGUACCGACACUCCGCGAUCCAAAUCAGUGAUGGGUAUUCCGGAAUGGGCGGCUGUCGUGGAAGAAGUCCUUGACUUACUGCAUAUUGACCGGUGUAGCGUUAUGGCCCACUCUGCCGGAGCACCUUACGCUCUCGCGUUCGCUAAUCGAUACCCUGAGCGUAUUUGUGGAGAUAUUUGCCUGUUAGCGCCUUGGGUAGGCGGUGGCGAAGGAGCGGGCUACAAAUGGCUGAAAUACGUACCUAAUGGUAUCUUGAAGACAGCGCAAGCGGCGGAAUGGAAGCUCCAGGCAUGGAUGAUCGGUAAACCGCCUACGUUUGCAUUCCAGGGUAUCGGCUUUGAUGCGACGUCCCCUGUCGCUUCGAAUGGGCCGGAAUCGCAGUCUCAUAAAGGGUCUCGGUCAGUUUCUGCACCUUUGCGCGAUGCCCCUGUGCCUUUGUCUCCGGUAGGGGAGUCAAAGCAUCGACCGAGUACCUCUUCUACGACUUUCAGCGACUAUGACGAUCUCCGCGACUUUGAAGGGAGAUUCGACAGUCGAAGCACCCUCGAGCGCCGGAGCACCAGUUCUGAGCAUCGACGUGCUCUUGAAAACAGCAGGCUCGUGAACCGGAAGCCUUCGCGAGGCUUUCUGGGCCGGUUCAAGAGCGGACACUCGGCAGCUCAGUCACCAACUGAGGAGAAGCCUCCAGCCUCGCGCACUGGAAAGAAGCUGAAGGUCUUACGCUCCAUGGGUUCCUUGAGGAAUCGCUCAAGACCAUCCACCGCAACGGGAGUUUCUUCAACGUCCCCACAAAUGCCCUUGUUACCCGCUGUUCGAAGUCCAAAAGUAGGAUUGGGGCUGGACAACGUAGAUUGGACGGAGGCCUUCAGGAGAAAAUCCACAUCCACUCCGCCAGAGACUAUCCUAUCAUCACCAAGGGUCAGGCCCUCUACUGCAAAGUCGUCGAUGGAUGAUCAUUCGUACUUCUCUCGUGCACAUGGGCGUCGAUCGAUGUCAUUAGGGCCUGCUGACCGAACUAGAUCAUCAAGUCCAUUUACAACAUCUAGUCCAACGCCCACUGCGUCAACGCCGGCCAACUUCCAAGCUGCUCUCGGCAAUGCGCUGCUUGCGGCAUCCCACGCUGAGUCUUCUCGGGGCACUCACCGCGAUCUGCUCCAAAUCCUUAAUCACGACCGACAGCCAUGGGGCUUCUCCUACUCCGCAUACCCGCAUAGAGUCCGAGUAUGGUACGGCGACAAGGACGAAAGGAUCGCUGAGAACGCUGUACGAUGGAUGGAAAGCACGAUGGGAUCCGACAAGUGUCAGGUUAAGGUGGUGAAGGAUGCUGACCAUGCACUCAUGUAUAGAAGUGGAGUUGUAGUAGACGUCCUCGAGAGAGUGUCUGAGUUUUGGCAAAACCUGUUGGGUCUAGAUGAUUGAUCUUAAUCUGUCUGGUCGCCUGCGCGACAUCUGUGGUGGCCCCCACAUUUUUUGUUUUUAUUUUUCUCGGCUGUUGCAUUAUAUACCUCAUCGCAUAUACCUCUUCGUAACAUUCCUUCAGCAAUUGUAAGCACUUCUCAUUCGACAUUCGCAUUCGACUAUAUAUUUGCAGGAUUCCAGGAUUGGUUCAGGUUCAUGCAGGGAGGAUACCACUUUUCCAUAAUGAUGUAC